AUGGUCCAAGAUUUGGAUUGCUUGGGCUUGCCAAGGCGAGAGCGCGAGGCAGUUCGCUACGCCGGCUCUCUCUAUAAGGAGAAGUUCGGGAAAGAUCCGACGGAGGAUCCCAAUUUGUUUCUGAACCUCAGUGAUAACCCAAAAACUUUUCUAUCCUGGUCAGCAACAUCGGGGCGCCUCCCCACUUUUCGAACAAACAGCACCCGCUUUUACAAUUUCCAGCGGGAACAGUGGAUGACAUCACGGGACCGUUUAUCUGCAUUGGGGCUACCUGUAACUCCAAGCACGGCACUUGCAAUGGGCGUGCCCACCCUUCCAGUACAAGAUGAUGCACGGGCCAGCUCGAUAUGCGGAAACUCCUUCCACUUCUCGAGCGCGACGGUGGCGCAGAUGGUUGCAAUGUCCUGCUACAGGAUUAAGACUAUCUGA